UUUUAAUGUUAAAUAUUUAAAAACUAUAUAUGAUAUAUAUAUAGUUAAUGCACAAAGGUGUCGAGAAUAUCGAAUACAAAUUUUGUUUACAAAUGGUUGACAUUCGUUUACAAUAGUGCCUUUUUAAUCGUAAAAAUGUCAAAUCGAAUGGAAUAUAUAAUUUCGCCAUGGGAAAUCGAAUCAUAUAUACAAUAUUUAAAAAUUUCGGAGCUUGAAGAUAUUGGAACGAAAGAGUGGUUUGAAUUUCAUAAAAAGUUAAUAUUAUUAAAUCAACAAAGCGUAUUAGAAAUUAAUGCCUUGCGAGAAGAAAGUACUAAAGAAUGGUUCGUUUCUUUUAAAAAGAUUCCUAUUCUUAUAUAUGAAGCUAUACAAAUUGACAUAUGGAAGCAUAAAGUAUUUCCGCUUUUAAUAGAAAUAAACGAAGAACCAAAAAAUACUUUUAUGCUUUACACUGUAUUUUAUCACGAAGAUAUUGCCGUUUCAUUAUUGGAAAACGUGUUAUUUCAUUGUGAAAGUGCAGAAACUAUAAAUGAUUCUGCUCUUGACCUCGUCGAUUAUGCUGUUAAAAAUGUAUCUUUACUUCUCGAUAUGCCUAAUAUCGAGAUUUAUGAAAAUGUAAAAGAUCCAAACUCAUGUCUUGAAGAAAUACUUGAAAAAAAGAAAGAAUUUGAAUUUGAUAUCGGCAUACGUUGCAUUUCAAUACUCCGUUACUUGGCUGAAUACGCAGAUAAUUUACCAUUGUAUGUAUUAUCACGAUUAUUAGCUAUACACGACGUGCCCUAUUUACUUGUUGAACUUAUUGAAAGACAUCCGUGGAGUAAAGAAAAUGCGGAAGGAAAAGAUGUGAUAUAUAAUAGUGGUUGGAGAAAAGUAAAAUCAAGUGAAGAAGGGAAAAUUUCUAAGAUAGAAGCACAAACUUGGCUUGGUUUAAGGGAAUUAUUGCUCAACCCCAAAAGUGCAUCCUACUAUGAAAUUACUGAACAUAGAUUUUCUCAAUUAUUAAAAUUACAGAAAUAUUUACACGAAUAUGUACUAGAUCAAAUUUCUCCUUUAAUAGACUUAAAAAGAUGGUUAAAUUAUUUAAGUGUAUCGUCAGCUAACGCUAGUGCACCACAAGCAGUAAAUGUGGAACUUUUACCACAGAUAAAAUCAUCAAUAAUGGAGAAAUAUCAUAAAAAAUGGAAGAAGUUAGCAAAAUAUCAAUCAAAAUUUAUAUACAGUACAGAUGCUGAUUACAUUAAAAACACUGCUCAAAUUCUAAGUGAUGCGUAUGAUUUAGAGAAAUUGGAUUGCGUUGAUAUUAAAGAAUGUUUUUUAUGUCAUGAAGAGGCAAAAAAACGUUGUUCUAAAUGUAAAGAAGCUUGGUACUGUGGAAGAGAAUGUCAAGUAAAAGAUUGGGUAAAACAUAAGAAUAUCUGUGACAAAAUAACAAAAAAUGUAGAGUAUGAAUAGAAACAUUAAGUUCCUUUUAUGAGGAAAAAACGUUUCAU